GAAAGUGAAGUGGGCGAGGCUCGUCUGCCACAACAGCGCCACUUUUGAGCGCUUAUUUGUCUGCAUCGUCAACAACAAUAACAGACCAUAGAAGUUGUCAGACAGUGGUCAAGAAGAACGGAGAGAACAGUGCCACGACGAUAAAGCCUUCAGUUGUACGUGGAAGGUCAAAGAUGGUUCAGGACAGUGCUCAGAUUCGGCAGCAGGGUGCCCAGGAUUUUAUGGCAUAUUAUGACUUUGCCUGUGCCAGACAGGAAUCAGUGCCUCUCCCUGCUGUCAAGAUGAACCUUGACAAAGGGAUGCUGGACUUUAAUGGAGACAGGCUGAAACUGACAGACUGGCCACCCAUUCUCAGCUCUAUCUCCAUCAACAAACACCUGCACCAUAUUGCAAUAAGUAGCACAUACCAAGCUAGUCUGGGUUCUGGAGACGCAGAUAGAAGGUACUAUAAGUCUAGCUUCAAGAAGAAGAUCCCAGCCAUUCGCUCUAAGGACAUGACAUUUAAGCUGUGCAAGGCCCUUAGAGAGUGCCUGAUUGUCUCUUCCAACCUCAAGACUCUGCAGCUUAAUGGACUUCCACUGAGAGAGAGGGACCUCAUCACCUUGACAAAGGGUUUGGCAAAAAGCGUUGCCUUGGAAAACCUAUCUCUGGCUAACUGUCCAAUCACUGACGAGGGCUUAGAGGUGAUUUGCCAAAGUGUUAAGUAUUCUACAAGCAUCAGGACAGUAGAUUUUACAGGAUGCAAUCUCACCUGGAGAGGGGCAGAGCAUAUGGCCAACAUCAUCAAGCAUCAGGGAAUGCAGAGACAUGGUACUGCAUGGGCAGAGUCUCUGAGGUAUCGACAGCCGCAGUUUGAGGGAAUGGGAGGUCUCCGCCGUGUCACCCUUAACUGUAACACUUUGAUUGGGGACCGGGGUGCUGCUGCUCUUGCACAUGAACUGGCUGAGGAUCUCUGGGUUAAAGCUGUGGACCUGCAGAGAUGUGGUCUGUCCAAUGAAGGAGCUCGUCGUUUGCUGGAAGCCUUGAAAACAAAUUCUGCUCUUUGUGUAUUGGAUAUUCGGAGUAACCCUUUAGUUGACAAGGUCCUAAUUAAAACUAUAUUAGAGAAAGUACUGAUGAAUGCUGAUGGAGAGUCACCAGAGUACUGCUGGAUCAAGCCUGCAACCACUGAGCCACAGAGAGCUCCUGGUCCAAAGAAGCGAUCACUGCCCAGUUUAGUCAGAGGAAAAGGUGCAUUUAGGAUAGCCCCCCGUAAAGGAACAUCUCCUGGAGGGCGGAGUUCAGGUGUUGUCCAGGCACAGAAGCCCUAUUCCCGCUCCUGUUACAUUCCUUGGCGUGCUGCUGCACGAGCUGGACGUCAGAGAGGUCUGCCUCCUGGAGUAACUGUGUCAGAACAAAGCUUUCAGGGUGCAGCUACUGUGAAGGUUACUGUGGAUUCAGAUUCAGAUGAAGAUGAGGACGAGGAAGAACAGGAAGAGGAAGAAGUGGUUGUGGAAGUGGAGCAGAGACCAUCUUCUUUCAAUCUCCAGAACAGGAUCACUGGACGGCAGUUUGAGCGUUUACAGAUGGAGCUAAAAGAGUGUCGUCUGAAGCUGGCAGAGGAACGCAGAGCCAGACUGAAAGCAGAGUCGAGGCUCAUUGAGUAUGAGCUGGAGAAUUCCCGUCUUCGUGAUGCCAAUCACUCCCUGUCAGAGGCGCUUGCAGCCACUGGCUCUGGAUCAGCACCACCUCCUGUCAGUGCUCUUGAAGACGAGGCAGUGCUUGAGAGCAUUGAGAGCUCAUUUACCAAGUUUCAUGCUUUCUUGGAUCUCCUCAAGGAUGCUGGCCUAGGUCAGCUAGCUUCAAUAGCUGGAAUUGACAAGUCAGAUUUCCAACCUCUGGGAAGACCUCAGCUCUCCUCUACAAUAGGAACACAUUUGGAUGAUGCAGCAUCACUGACUAGAGGGGACUGUCGGGAUGUUGGGACAAAGACUGACGCUUUGUCUUUGGUAGGCAGCAUCUUUUGUGGUGGCCCAGCUGACACUACCACACCCAGAUCUUCAUCCUUUGUCAGGGAGUCCUUGCAUGAAGACAGGCAACCAGAUGUGACCUUCAGUAAGGCUUCUAGAUCUCGAAUAGACCCUGGUAUAGGUGGAGAGGAGGAAUUGCAUCGAUAUUCCAAGCCUGAUACCCAGCUUGACUCAGGUUCUGAGCACGUUUCCUGUAGCCAAAAAUCCUCCUUUGGUAAAACUUGUCAGACUCAGCCAAGCACACAUAAGAGCAACAGCAUCUCUCACCGGAGCAAUUCCCAUCAUAGCAACGGUUCCCAUGGAAGUUCAUAGCAACUCUCCCCGGAGCAAAGCGCAUCAUAGCAAUGUUUUUCAUAACUCAAAGUCAUGGGAACUUAGUGUAUUGUCCAUAGGAUCGAGUGUUGUGACAUUAAAAGUGACAAGGCAGAAUCUGUGGGAUCAGCAGGGUCACGGAACAAGGGAAAUGGAAGGCUAGUGACAAUAAAUCAGUCAGGGUCUGAAGGGACAGAGGGGAAAGCCUGUCUUGCUAGGAAGACUCUGGAGCUGAUCAGGCCUCUGAGCGGUCUGGGAGGGCAGUCAGAAACUGAAUUGCUCUGACCAGUUGACCAGAGAAAAAUGAAAAUAUUUCUGUCUGUUCUCAUUGCCUUCUCCUCAAAGGUGCUACAUGUGAAUUACUGUUGUCACUACUUAGCCAGUGUUAGCAUUAACAGCUGUUUAGUUACCACGAGCUUCAGCCAUAAUUGUUUUUACAAGACAAGAGGUUAGAAUACCCUCUCUGGGCAGUGCUACAUCUUCAUCCUCUCAUGUUGAACUGGACGACACUUUCGCAUAGCAGAUACGAUGGCCUGGGCUAGCUGGCUAGCAUGCUAAUUUCAGUAGAGGGAAAGAUAGAUAGAAAUAGAAGCAAAACAAGAAUUGACCUUUGUAUUGCUUUCCACCGCUGGACACAGCUCUUGGUGAAUAAAGGAAUGAAGUUUGAUGCUGAACUUGAAGCAUUUCUUCUAGACUGGUAAGUAAACAGCUGUUAAUGCUAACGUUGGCUAUGUGGCAGUAGCAAAAUCUUGCAUAUAGAUUGUUGUUCACUUUAAGGACAACUAUGAUGUAGAUUUUAUGCACUUUCUUUCUUGAAGGUUUAUUUUUUAAAUCUUUAGAAUUCUUACAUCUUCAGUCUCAGUUUCAUUUUAGGGAGAGAUGACAUGAAAAGUCAUUAAAAAUCUUGAUCCAUUUAAGCCAAAGCAGGGGUAGUCGAAUCGUAUGAAAUUAAAAUUAGAGUUAUUGAUUCAAUCAUAUGUAUCAAAAAUGCCAUGCAAUGUAAAUUUUUGUAUUUAAAUGUUGCCUUAUUUUGUAAAGACAUAUUUUGCAUUUGGUGCCAUGCACAAUAUAAAAAUUUCAUUCAGUAUAGUUUCAUGGUAGAUAUUUGGGAUUCCAAGCUAACCCCACCUCAAUCAAGUAUCAAUUCAAAUCCAUAAAUCAAGAUCUCCCGAUGUAAACUGGUUUAAUGUGGGAACACAUCAAACCUCAGAGGAAAAGUACAGUUUCAGACAUUUCAUGGGGGCUUUAAGAAACAAUGUACUGCUUGUUCCAUGUGUCCUAUUACUCUUUUUACAGCUGUUUUAAAUGUUUUUUAUUUUUAAAACGCAGUGCUGACAUAGUAAUUUAUUUAAUUUGUCCCUAUUUGAUUUUAAUUUUGUCUUUAUAAAACAAUCUUUCAUGAUGUAGAAUACUAUCGUUUGUUGUUCCUUUUAGGAUAUUCUGCACAUCUUUCAAACUUUCAAAUAAACAUGUUAGCAGUUUCA